AUGGCGACUGUAAAUCUGUUGGAAUACCUUCACUCAAGGACGCAGCUAGAUAUCGACACAUACAAUGCUGAAGGUUCUUCCAAAGAGAUCGGACCAUUCCAAGAUGCAACAGGAAAUCAGUUUGAGAUCCAAGCGGAGAUUGUCAAGCCCAACAGAAGCGCACUGGUGAAGAAAUCACUAGCGUUGGCGACCACGAUCCACCCACAGUUUGCCUCAAUUACCCUUGAGGAGCUUGCUGUGGAAGUAGUGGGUAUCGAAUUCGCCCUCGAAAUGAUCCAAACUGUUCGUGGAAAUGUCCAUGUUAUGGUCAAUCCGAGCUACUCCUACAACACCGAAGCGAUGGUUGCAAAUGCUCAGCGAUUCCAUCUCCUCUGCCAAAUAAUUGACCCUGGUUUUGACACGAGUCGUCUAAUUACUAAGGUGCCAGCAACAUGGGAGGGACUGCAAGCUGCACGUCAGCUCAAGCGAAGCGGAGUGAAGACUUUGGCUACGACUCUCUUUUCGAUGGAGCAGGCGAUCCUUGCGGGCGAAGCCGGCUGUACAUCGAUUUCACCAUUUGUGCACGAGCUUAAAACCGAAACUUACGAGGGAUACAAAGACAGCAACCCCAUUUUUGGGGUAUGCAUGCAAGCCCAACAGUUCUACCGCCAGAAUUCCAUGCCCACCCGAGUGAAAGCCUGUGUGACACUGAACCUCGAUGAGAUCAUAAUGCUCGCCGGAAUCGAUGCACUGACAAUAACACCACAAGUUCUGAAAGACUUGGCAGCUACAGAGAGACCCCAAGAGGAGGUAGAGAGUAUGUCCCUGUUCGGGAAACCCGCCAAGGCCACAGAGCCCGUCACAUAUCCUUCGUACAUUGACUGCGAAAGUCAAUACCGGAUUCAUUUUGCCGCGAGUGAGGGUGGAAAAGCGCAGUUCAAGACAGCACAGGCAAUUGCUCUGUUUUGUGACGCUCAAACCGCGGUGGAGUUGUACAUCAAAUCUCAAUUGGAGGAAUCUUCUUACAUCCCAAUCAAUCUAUGA